UCAAAAUUUUUCAGAGUAUUUAUUACAGAUUAUUUUAGUUAUUCGAAAUGGGAAAGAAUAAAAAACGAGCUAGAUCAAACAGCUCAGAUUCUGGAGACCGUGUAAGUUCCAAGAAACUGAUGAAACGCAUUAAAAAACUCGAAAUUGAGUUAAAAAGGCAACGUUCUCGUUCUCGGUCGAAUUCCGAAGGUCGUCACCGACGAUACCGGUCACGUACGCCAAAGCCUACGUCAUCGACUCGUUCAUCGCAAAGCCGGCAGUGUAUGCCGCGUUCUUAUUCUCGCUCUCCGGCCCCGAAACGUGUAGUUUCGACGAGGCUCAGGGAGAGUACGACGACUCCGAACCUUAGUCCGGACCAUCAACGCAGUCCGCGUUCCUGGUCGCGAUCUCCACCGCCGAAGCAUGCAGCUAAAGCGGAAAGGAGUAAGGAGGCGGCAGUUUAUACGGAAAUAUCAAACAACAAUAAUAAGAAUGCGUGUAGCAUUCCUAACCCUGUUGCCAAUAACGAUAUGUGUAGUGUCGUUAACUCUCCCGACAGGGACGAACUACAAAUUUUUUGCGAUGAGGAAUUGCCUACCAUGUCGGAGGAUAUUUUUAACUCCUUAGGAGAGGAUCCGAAUAGGGUAGCAACUAACAGUUUUUCACUGCAUGAAAAACUGGUAACCAGAUGGGACGCCUUAUUAACUAAUGGCUUAAAGAAGGGAGAUUCACAAACCCUACUUAAUAAUUAUGAAUUACCAUCUAAUUUAAAGAGUUUAUGCCCCCCUAAACUAAAUCUUGAAGUAAAGGCUGCUUUACAAAAACAAAAUAUUUUGACAGACUCGGCUUAUGUAGAGAUACAAAACCAGUUAGGAAAAGGACUUACUGCCCUGGGUAAGGGCAUAAGCUUAUUGUUAGACAACCUAAACAAGAUACCCGAGGAUACAAGGAACCCAAUUUUGACUAAUUUGGGUGAUUCCGGACGUAUUCUUACUAAUUUAUUCCACAGGGUUUCCAUUACCAGAAGAAACCUUCUAGUCCCCUAUUUAAACAAAAACCUCAAAGAUCUAACAGAUAAUACAUUAGGUUCUGAGUUUUUAUUCGGAUCCGACUUAAAUGAGAAAUUAACCUCUGCAAAGACUCUUGAGAGUAUAUCUAAAGAGUUAAAACUUCCGACCUCAUUUAAAAGCCCUGUUAAAAAACUUACCAAAUUGGGGGGGGCAAAGGGCCAACCAUUACUGCGAUACCAGAAUCAGAAACCACAUUUUCAUUACCCGGCUCGUCAUUCGGGGGAGACAGGGCCGCAGAAGUCUCUACAGGCCCCCAGAAGGUACAACAACAACUAUGCUCCCAAGAAAAGAGACGGAGAGAGGAAGAAGAGGUAUUAAACCAUAGUGAUUCGCAAGAAAACACACCCUUUGUCACAACAGCUUACCCUGGUGGCCGCAGUAUUAUCAGGGAGUCCUACAAAAGAAGAGGAAUACCCAGUGAAGCUAUCGACACAAUGAUCAGCUCACUUAGUGAUUCCACAAUCAUUCAGUAUGAGGUGACCUAUAAAUUAUGGUGGAAUUUCUGCAGAGAUCGAAACAUCUGCCCUUUUAACGUGGAAUCGGAACCAGUUAUUUCUUUUCUACAAAACAUACUGGAUUCUACUAAUAACUUAUUCGGGUCAGUUAACUCUCAUAGAUCAGCCCUCUCCUUAAUUAGUAUGAGUAAUUUAUGAGAUGAUUUAUCUCUUAAACGGUUUU